AUGAACGCAGCGCGGCAGGCGUGUCGCCCCAAGCACCAGGUCCUGGUUCUUAAAUGCUAUCCGAAAGUCCAGAAGAGCGAUGCCGAAGCAAAGGCCAAUUCGAGCGAGUUGAGCUACCUGCUCUUCUAUGCGAGCACGCGCCGCAGUAAGCUGCAGAAGGUCGUCGACUUUCUGGAUAAGAGGGCGACAAAGGAUGUGUGGAAAGUCAGGACGGGCAAUGUGCAGGUCACGCUGCAGAUUGUCAGGGCGCUGAUUGAGAAAUGUCCGCGCGAUCUUCCUCUGUAUGCUAGCGCUGUGCUGCAUAUCCUGCGAACGAUUCUCAACUCGAAUGACGUUACUAUGGUUGAGGAGUCUGUGCCGACUUUCGAAGCUCUAUGCGCGCAUCAAGAUCCUGCCGCUCUCGCAGCUGACCAGGACCAUAUCAAAAAGUAUGAGGAGAUUGUGCAGUUAUAUGCUCAAUUCGCGUCCAAGGAGACUGUCAAGACGGGCAAGGCACCAGUCAGCUGGCCCGUCGCAGUCAGAUAUCGAAAGGCUGGACUACAGGCGCUCAAGGCCGUUGCCUCGUCUGAGUCACUAGGGUCCGAGACAGGGCGUCAAUUGGGGGCCCUUAUACCAGUCAUACUCCUCAACGUACAUUCAGAAAGUGGCGCAUACCUCAAGCGGUUGGAGGUUCGGGAAGCCGCCAAGGGCGAACACGAGAAGGAGCUGGUAUUGCGACGGCGGCAAAGUGUGUCUACUGCGCGGACCGACGACGAAGACGGCGACCCGAUUGCGGCAUCUGGAACGACCGAAGAUGCGGACAAGCUUGCGGAAGAGGAGGUCGGAGUACUUGCGCUUCAGGCGCUGAGGAGCAUAUUCCAAGGUGUAACCCGAGGGCAACUCCGGCUUGCGACAUCAGCUGUGCUCAAAUUCAUUGGAUCACAUGUCAAGAGCUUACAGGAGGCUGCACCAAGCGAAAGUAGCCAUUGGGCAACUACACUCAUGGCCAUGAUCUGCGCAUGGGUCCCCGUACAGGACCGAUACACAAUCCUGGUAGGCGCAGUGGAAGCCCUGGUCCGUAGUCCAAUCGUGGAAGACGACCUCGAACGACAGCUGGUUCUGGCAACAAUCAUCGACUAUCUCCUAGCUUCGACGAUCAACUUCAUUGGACUCAGCGUCAUGGAUGUCUUGGUUGGGCUCAUUUCUCACUCAUUGCUACUCCUCCAGCUCGGCGGACCAGGGUCGAACAUUGUACCGCAUCAUCAACAGAUAACAUCUGUCAUGUCAGAGAAGGACGCCAGUAAUCAAUCGUCGAUGACCAAUUUAGACGCUGUAGUUACGGAGGUUGUCAAGAAGCCCUCUGAUGCGAGGUUGCAACUACUAGACACCGUGCAGAGAUGCAUGGCGGAUCUUGCGACGCAUGUAUACUACACUGACCAGAUCUCCGACAUGGUUGAAGCGUUACUUAGUCGCCUUAAGCCAUCGCGUCUCUCGAGCGUCUCGUCUACCGCCGAAGCAAUACAGAACCCUGAAGGCGCGAUAGAUGCCGUUGCAGAUUCCAUCAGUAUGCAAGAAAAGACGCAUGUAGAUCGGUUCUUCUCUUUCGAAACCGCACGUAUCACUGCUCUCGAUGCUGUCAAAGCUAUCAUCAAGACGGCAAAUGCCCGGAGACCAGACGGUUCAACUGCGACUGUGUCGCGGAGCAAGGUGGGUGUUAGUGUCUGGGAAGGCACACAAUGGCUCCUGCGAGACCCAAGUGGUCAGGUCAGGAAGGCUUACGUCGACGCGCUGAUUACUUGGCUGAACACGGAGAAAGACAAGGAAGACUUGAAGAUCGUGGAUAACUACCGGCGGAAAGAGAAAGAGAACGAUAAGAAUACACUGGCUAGACAUGCGGUCUCGAAUGCUUCAGCGAGAGAAAAAGUCUCUAAGCGAGGCAGGGACACAUUCUUGCCUUUGCUCCAUUUGGCUGUUUAUGAGAAUGCGCUUCAUUAUCUUAACUCUGAAGCUGAUUACCUGCUUCUUCACUUGCUGCUCACGACUCUGGUGAACCGGCUUGGAGUAAACGCAGCGAGGAGCGGAUUGCCAAUGAUUAUGCGGUUGCAAGAAGACAUCGUAACAAUCGAAGAUCCGGGUGCUAAGCUUCGCCUGGGAAGCUUGGUGCAUGGUUACCUCUGGGCACUCAGCAUAGCCUUGGACUUCGAGGUCUCUUCUGUCGGCCGCGCCCUUCACAAUGAGAUCUCUCGUAGAAGCAGCAAGGGCUUGUGGAUGAAGAGCAUACGCGUCCCACCCAUGCCCAUCGAGCUCAUAGAAACGCCACACUCAACGCCUGUUGCAAUCCCCUCGGAGAUUGUCGAAAACGAAGCCCUUAAACCGUUUGACAACCGCGAGGCUUUGGUCGAAAAAAUAUCGGAAGGUUAUUCGACUUCCCUAUACUCGCCUCCUUCUUCGCCACCUGGCUCACCUGGUCGUUCAGCAUCUAUAUCCAUCCCUACUAUCCAUCAACCAGCGCAACCCACAAACCACCAAAGCGCUCCAGAACUCCCUUUCAAAGUCCGGGAGGACCUCCUGUCGAACUGGACACGAGACGACUGUCUAGCUUCCCACACAAAAGACUCAUCAUCGGCCUCAAUCUCCGGGUCGAAGACAGGAACUCAUUACACCGCUGCAACGCAAAAGAACAACUUCCUCGGCGUCAACAUCCCCAACGGCAAUUUCGAUAGCAGUGGAGGCAGCUCACCAGCCCAAAGCCCUCGUCGUGCACACAGUAGACCUCCAUCCGCAGCCUAUGGCCUCGUAGGCCGUCUCUCUUCGCCUAACCGCAGCCGCAGUCCGGGCGGCACCACACCGAAUAGUUCCUCCUCCCUGCGCUCCACAGUCCGCGUCGACGAUUUACGACGUGCGUUGUCUACAUCGCAUGGUGGCGCCCCUCGAACAGGAUAUUCCCACCGCGCGCCGAGCCACCGGCAUCAUAAGAGUUCUUCUCGUUCUGAUCACGAUGCGAGUUCGACAAGUGAGAGCAUGGUUAGUGUGCAUUCGCUGAGUGAUGCGAGUUUUAUCACUACGGGGCCGGCGAAUUCAGAUUCCCCUACUACACCUGCUGCUACAUCCACUCCUAGACCGCAAACUGCUACGUCUAUGAAUUUCCCGGGUCAGUCGAAUGGAAGAGAGAGCACUUAUACGAUGGAUAAUCUUCCGCCUGUGCCACCUAUCCCUGAGGAUAUGCUUAAUGGUCAGAGCGACACCAGAGACUUUGCCGCAGGUUCAACAUCGAGACCGAAGACGGCGCCUAAUGGCGCAGUAAAGAAGUCGCGUAGUGUGAAGAGUGGAGUGAGUCGAGGGAGAAGUGGCGAUAGGAGGCGAGGGACGGGCUUGUCAUCAAGUAAACCCGACUUCUCGGGCUUUUUGGACAGCAUCGGGGUCGAGGAUGAUGAGGAUGAUCUGGAGAGUGUUGGGAGUGGUAUAAGUAAGGCACCGUACUAG